GAUACUUCAAUAUUCAACCCUCCUGGCGGGUAACGUGAACAGAUUUGAGUUCAGAUCGGCAACUAACCUAGUGGUUGACCAAAAUACCCCAUUGGAGGUUCGCAUGCAAAUAUGGAGACCAAUUUCCGGUCCUGGACAACGCAACAUCCUUAUAGGGGAAGAAAGCGUUGCUGUGCGACAGCCUAAUUUGCUUCACACGGUUUACCCAUCAUCUACUGAUGGAGGUAUUCAGGUUGUAGAGGGAGAUCUUUUAGGAUUCACCGAGCUUAGUCAAACUGGUGUCAUUGCCAGAAACAAUGACUUCAGUAAUCCCAGAAGCAAGACCCGGAUGUUUGACUACUACAAUGAUGGGAAUGGACAACCUCCUUUGUUGUACAGGAACUAUUCGUUUGGACACUCACAGAGCCAGCGCUUAUUCAGCAUUGCAGUUUUUAUUGAUAUUUCAUCUGACGAUAGUGAAUCUGGCGAUGGUGAACUUGGGUUGGAAAGUCCUUCUUCUGAUGUUGAAGGAAAUCUGACAAAGCCUGAUGACAUAGACACAUCAGUCGGAGCAGACGAACUACUGAGUUGCCACCUAUCGGAUUACAAGGGAGUACAGAAACGGCUAAAGAUAGUAAAACUAGGUGACACUGAGGUGCUCAAUGAUGUCAUAUUUGACUCUAACGAUCUAGCUGAGGUACCUCAAGGGAACUUUACAUUAGUUGC